AUGCAAUCCAAUUCUGCUACUGAGCUGUGUCACCAGCACGUCCGAGCAGGUGAUUGUCUAAAUACAGUUCCCUAUGACGUGGAGAAGUAUCUGACACAUCUCUUGGCCUUGCAAGCCCCUGUCAUCCUGAAAGAGCAAUUCCAGCAAGACUUUAAAAACAUUACAAUUUCAGAAAGAUCUGUGGACAUCUUGUACAGUUUUGCAAACUGCUCUGGGCUUCAUUUAAUCUUUGGUCUCAAUGCCUUAUUGAGGAAAAACCAAGCAUGGGAUAGCUCAAACGCCCAAAAGCUUCUGCAGUACUGUGCAUUGAGAAAAUAUGACAUGUCCUGGGAACUUGGCAAUGAGCCCAACAGUUUUAGAAAGAAAGCUCACAUAAAAAUUCACGGCUCUCAGCUUGGACAAGACUUUGAGCAUUUGUAUAAUUUGCUGCACACCUUCAAGGUCUUCAACCACUCUGGACUCUAUGGACCUGACAUUGGACAGCCUGGAAAACGAGCGAUAAUCACCUUGCUGAAAGGGUUUCUUAAAACUGGAGGGAAUGUCCUCAGUGCAAUCACCUGGCACCAUUAUUAUGUGAAUGGGCGGACUGCAUCGCUGAAGGACUUCCUGAACCCUCAGGUGUUGGACAGCCUUGGGCUUAAAAUUAAUCAAAUUUUUGAGGUUGCUUCUAAAAUUGCCCCUGAGAAGAAGGUAUGGUUAGGGGAGACCAGUUCAGCUUUUGGAGGAGGUGCUCCUGAUCUAUCAGACAAAUUUGUAGCUGGCUUUAUGUGGUUGGACAAACUUGGACUGUCGGCUAAAUUGGGCAUUGAUGUUGUUAUCAGACAGGCUUUGUUUGGCGCAGGGUUUUACCAGCUGGUGGAUAGGGAUCUUGAACCAUUACCCGACUAUUGGCUUUCUCUGAUUUAUAAAAAACUUGUAGGUACCAGGGUACUGAAUGUAUCUGCUAUGCACAGAGACACGGCCAACAAUGGAACCUUGCGUGUGUACAUGCACUGUACCAACCCCAAGAGCCACAUCUAUCGAAAGGGAUCAGUUACAAUGUUUGCUUUAAACCUGAGUGAUCAAGACAAACACAUUCUCCUUUGCUGCUCUUCGUUCAACAAAACUAUUCAGUUCUUGCUCCAACCUGGUGACAGUGAGAAAGGAUUAUAUUCACAGUCUGUUCAACUCAAUGGUGAGCUUCUCAAAAUGGUGGACCGGAAGACCUUGCCAAUUAUCACUGGGAAAGUGCUUCAACCAGGAAGUCCAAUUGUUCUCCCUGCACUUUCCUAUGCAUUCUAUGUGGUUCAAGAUGCUAAGGCUCCUGCUUGUCAAUGAAACAACAUCAAGGCAAUGGUACAACUAGCAGUGGCUUGAGCUUGAUCUUGCACUGAGCUAAAAUAUUUACUGGAGAACAUACUAAAUUAUACAAAACCUCAUGGAUUCUCCAUGACUUUCUUUAUCAAAAAGGAGCAAGAUUUCUAUCCACGAAUAUAAAAUUGUCAUUUGGUGUCUAUUAGUUGGGCUGUAUUUUUUUAUAUGAGAGUGAGUGAAGGUGAAUUGAAAUUUGCCUGCCGGAAUACAAUAUUGGAUUUUGACUAUCCUUCCCAAUUGCAAGUGAAGAUUAUCCAAAAGAAAUAAAUACCACCUUUCCGAUGCUAGGGGUGGUAAUCAUUGAAAGAACCUGAAUGGAUCAGACCUGGCAUCUGUUCCAGUCAACUUUUCCCUCUCUCUCUGAGUCAUACCCAAACAAGUGUUGAACUUCUCACUUACAUGUUAGAGUUACUAACAUCCAUUUUAGGCAGGUAUCUGGGCAUUGAUGUAGGUCCAGUGCAACAAUUGGCUCAUAAGAUUGAAACAUGAGCCAAUUCCUACUCCAAACUGAGUGGGUGCUUGUACUUUUUAACUAUUUGUAUCUUUAUUUUUCUAGUGAAUUCAACUCCCUUCAAUAUCUAGGUGGUAGUCAAAAUGUAUAUUGUCUAAGUGUUUGACAUAAGGUGCUACAAUUUAUCUGCUUUUUAAAAAAUAUUGUUUCCAUUUCUGUGAAUAUUUAACUUAUUGAUUCAAUUUUACAUAAACAUUAAAGGCAAAUUUGCACGGCUUGGUCUCACUGAGCCAGACACAUGCUGCCUCUGUGUAUCUGGAUGUGGGUGGCAUGAAGGUCCUUUGGCAUGGGUGAAUGAAUAUCAAAUGGUCCAAUGUGGGCAUCUGUGAGUUGUGAACUUCUUCUGCAGCCAAGCCUGCCAACUUUGCACAUUGCUUCAUCAGUAUUUGUGCUAUCAAUGUAAUUACAGAAAGGCCUAAUUUAGAUUUAUCGUUGUACAAUUAAACAGUGUUAGGUGUAGUAAAAGAACAUAUAGGGAAGAGUAACCAUAAUAUAUAAGAAUUUUAUAGGUAGUUAGAGUGAUUUAGUGAAAUCUAAAACUAUUGUCAAAACAAAGCAAGCUAUUUGGAUUGACGCUCACAUAAAUUGGGAAGUUAAUUAAAAGAUAUGACUGUCAAUUAAAAAAAAGAACUAAUUUACAAUGAAUGUAGAUUCCCUUGAGAAAUAAAAACUCCACAGGAAAAAAAGAUUCAUCCAUAGCUAACAAAAGAAGCAAAUGUAAUAUUAAAGGAAGACACUAAUAAUGUUGCAAAAAGUAGUUUGCAAAUUCAUUAAAGGAUGAUCAAAAACUGGUAAAAACAAGUAGGAAAGUUAACUAGCUGGAGAUAUGAAAAUAGAUUGUAAAAGAUUCCAUACGUAUCCAAAAAGAGUGUUGCAAGAGUAAGUUAGGUUCCUUUGAGGUGGAAACAGGACAAAUUAGAGGGAAUAAGGAAAUGGUACUGACAUUGAAAAAAUGCUUUUUAUUUAUCUUCACUGCGAAAGACCCAAAAAUACUCCAGAUGUAACAGAGAACCAAGGGUCUGGUGAGAGUGAGGAACAUAUGGUGACCAGUUUCAAUCAAGAAAGGCUGCUGGAGAAAUUUAUGGAACUAAAAACAAGUGCACUGGACCCAAUGGCCUCGAUUAAAAAGAAGGCAAUGGAAAUGAUGAUGUUUAGGCUUUGAGCUCACAGAAUUCCCCCUUAUUGCAAAGUAGGAAAUGUAACCCCGCUGCUCCAGAAAGCAACAAAAGAGAGAAAAUGGGGAACAAACGCCAGAUAGCUUUACUUUAGGUGUAGCAAGUGUUAAAUUUAUUAUAAGGGACAUGAUAACAAAGCAUUUAGGGAGUCAACACAGGUUUAUGAAAUUAAAAUCCACUAAUCAGUCAGUUUUUUUUGGUUCAGGUUGUAACUAAUAGGAUGAAUAAGGAGGAACCAGUAGAUAUAGUGUAUUUGGAUUUUCACAAAUAUUUCAGAUAUUAGCCAAAACAGCAAAUUAGGGCUUAUUGAAUGGAGUAAUAUUUGAGCAUAAUUGGCGAUUGGUUACUAUCAGAAAACAGACUGGUUAACAGACUGCAAUUGCUGGUAUACUGUACUCCAAGAAUCAAUGCUUAUGCUUCAGAUAUCUAUAAUCUGUAUCAAUGAUGGUUGAGUGUAAUGUGCCUAAGUUUAGUGGCGAUGGAAAAUUUCCUAGGAAAGUAAGCAUUGAGGAGGACACCAAGAAACUGUAAAAGGAUUCAGGUUGGCUAAAUGAGUGGGAAAGAACGUAGCAAAUGGAAGGUAAAAAAUAGAAAUUUAGGAGCAUAGCUGUUACUGGGAGAAGGGAAGACUAAUUGUGCUGGCAGAUGCACUAUUGAAGACUUCUUGUGACAUACCUUUAUCAACAGUCCAGGUUUUAACAAAUGGGGGUCAGUUAGCUCAGUUGGCCUGAAUACUUGGUUUGUGAUGCAGAAUGACGCCAACAACAUGGGUUCAAUUUCCAUUCUAGCUUAGGUCACUAUGAAGAUCCCACCUUCUCAACCUCAACCCUCACCUGAGGGGUGGUCACCCCCUGGUUAAACCACCACCAGUCAUUUCUCUCUCACAAGAGCAGCUCUAUAGUCCUGUGGAACUAUGGAUACUUUAUUAUUUUACAAAUGGUAAGUAAAUGUGAAUCAAAUAAGUUGAUGUCCUUGAAAUAGCAGACAGCAGGAAAUUGAUCAUUCACACUGACAUUACUGCAUUGUCUUCUCCAUUUUGAGAAGCAACGUGUUUAGCUCUGAGUUUAAUUUCUAGAUCAACUGGAGAAUAUAUUUCCUAUUGUUGGUGAUUGCUUGGAGUGUCUCCUUUAUAAGUAUCAUUCUUGUUGCCCACAAAUUGUUCAAGAUUAAUUAAAUAAAAUUAAUGCGAUAUAAUCUCAUUACAUUAAUGAUUUGAUGAGCAACAUUCUUUUGCACUUGAUCAAUUUUAGUGCUGGAGUUUUAAAUGAAUAUUUUAUGUUUUGAAAAAAAACAUUCUUACAAUCUGACUUAUUUUGAAUAUUAUGUAUGACUGUAACUGAUUUUGAGCCUUUUCUUGAAUAAAAGAUAAUUGGCCUGUGUGCUUGUAA